AUGUCUGGGUACUACGAAGUCUACCUUGCGCGGUACAAUCUCGAGAUACAGAACCCCGAUAUGCAGGGUCCGAGAUAUCACACGGCCAUUUUCGUGAAAACCGCGGCAGACAAGAGCGGCACCCUGCACCACGUCACUGGUGAUAUCACCUCUAUGAAUGGGAUGGUCUAUAUCCCACAACCAAGGCAAUAUCCUGAAUACUCGCAGUCUUUCCACUCGCUCGAGAAACUGGGCGUUACGCCCAUGUUCAAGCAUCCUGCCGACUGGGGAGCAUACCGGCGCCGCCCCGCAGAUGGCGUUCAACACCAAGACAAUGAAAACCGAGCCAUUGAAGACCCGGCGCUGACCUUCUACGAGCCAGGCGAGCCCCGAAGACCCUUGGUCAAGUGCACUGAAUGGACUUUGGAGGGAGCCCUACCUGCCCUUCAAGCAAACGGGCUUAUUAUUCAACAAUAG